GGUUAAAUAAGUAAUACAGGUCGCUAGCUGCUGCUUUUGUCGUAAUUUGGGUAUAUAGACAAACUUAAGAUUACUUUUAACAACAUGAAAUCCUAAAUUCGACUUGUGUCGUUGCUGGUCUGCGGAUUUGACGGAGUCUGCAGUGUCUGAUAUUUAAGGCUUACUCAUACAGAACAACGUUUCACGGCAGCACUCGGCCGUUCGGUACUUCCUUCCGGUACUGCGGCAUUACGUCACGCGGAUUCUAAGCUGCCCUGCACGUGGACAUGAGCUCCCAGAGAGGCGGCGAGUGUCGCUCGCGAAGCCAAAAGCACCAGAACCGCACUGCGUUUAAAAACGACAAAUACGGCGCCAGUCCUCAAGUGAAGAAAGCAAAUGCGAAGGUCCAUGACGGUCUGUGCCAGCGAUGCACGGAAAUACUGGAGUGGAGAGUCAAGUACAACAAAUACAAGUUCCUCACACAGCCCCGCAAAUGCGUGAAGUGCCUGCAGAAGACGGUGAAGGAUGCAUAUCACAUCAUGUGCAAGUCCUGUGCUCUCAGUCUGGAGCUUUGCGCCAAAUGCGGGAAGAAAGAGGAGAUUGUAAUUACGUUGGGCGGUGCGGAGGGGGAGGAGCCAGCAGAGGCCAUGGCUCAGCACCCGCAAGGCAGCGGGAACAGGACGGCAGACUCCGGUUGGACGGACGAUGAAGAGGCCGGCGACAGCGGGGAACGUGAUUCAGCUGCUGUAGGAAAAUAAGUCAUUAGGAUGAAGAUGAGGGGCUGUACUAACGAACCCUGAAGGAGCCUUUUUUUAGCAAGGUUGUUCAUUUCAGCGUUGCUAUAAGCUUUAGUGGUUCAAAUUACAGUUGCUUUUUAACUGUAUGCAAUCACUUUCUGUACAAAUUUGAGAGCACAGGGUUGAGGCUGAGGUUGAGAACUCAUUUUGUCUGGUUUUCAUUUCCGAAUUGCUUCUGAAAACCUUUUGUAGAAAUUAACACUGUUUCAUAUGGGUUUGAGACCUAUGGUUAAACAUACAGAACAUAUGGAACUUGUAGCGUAUGCAGGUUUGUUCCUUGUUCACGACACUUUCAGUAUUUCUUUUAAAACGUCACUUGAACUUUAUAGUUAUUAUUGGUUUAUUAGCUAAUUUUAUGUACAGUUACAAAUUAAGCCAUUACUACAACCAGGUAUGUUUGUGUUUAUGGGUGUUUGCGGUUAUGUGUUGAUCAGUGUUUCUGCUACACCAGUUCCUACAUAGGGUAUGCAUUUGGUGGAGAAACAAACAGACCUGAAUUGAGGUUGUUUUUUUGUUUGUUUUUUUUAUUAUUAUGGGCUGUUUCUUUCGUGAUUUUUUUUUUUUUUGUCAGCCAAUUAUCUGUUAUGAAUGAGAAACCUUUUUUAUUAUUCAUACACACAAAUGAGUGUAUCUAGUGAUUUUAAUAUGAAAUCCUAAGGGUUUUUGAUGUGAUCCUAACAAGCUAGUGACCCACAUCCAAUCAAGAGUAGCUAUUUUAAAUAAAAUAAUUUUAUUCUUUUA